GGGCUGGAUUAGCGAUAAGUGCACGGAAAACAAAGCAAAGGAAAACACAAGACUGUUAUUAGUUCCCGGGAAAACAAACCUUUGUGCGGGAAAAGAAAAAUAAUUACGGUGUCCCAUCAGGACGAGCUGUGAAUAGUCUCCCCACACUGACGACAUCGUCGGUUCAUCGGUUAGCACCAUGCCCCUCACCUCCAUGAAGCUGAAGUGAGGGGUCCAGGUGCGGGCCCAGCCCUGGCCAGGGCAGCAUGACCAAGCCCCGGCUCUUCCGGCUGUGGCUGGUGCUGGGGUCCGUCCUCAUGAUCCUGCUCAUCAUCGUGUACUGGGACAACGUGAGCACCGCCCACUUCUACCUGCAUACGUCCUUGUCCAGGCCCCACGUCCUGGAGCCCCUCCCCACCCCUGGACAGGGGGAGGAGAAGGAGUUCACAUCCGAUGUUGAUGAGUUUUUGGAUAAGCUUCUUAGUUCUGGUGCAAAGCAGAAUGACCUUGCCCGGAAAAAGACUGAGAAACCCCAGGUGCUGGCCUCUGGCAAGCCGGCGUUGAGCCACAUGGAGGAGAGUGUGAGGGGCUACGACUGGUCCCCCCAUGACGCCCAGCAGAGUCCCGACCAGGGCCAGCAGCAGGCUGAGAGGAGGAGCGUGCUACGAGACUUCUGCGCCAACUCCAGCCUGGUGUUCCCCACCAAGGAGCGCUCCUUCGACGACAUCCCCAACUACGAACUGAACCACCUCAUCGUGGACGACCGCCACGGGGUCAUCUACUGCUACGUGCCCAAGGUGGCCUGCACCAACUGGAAGCGCGUGAUGAUCGUCCUGAGCGAGAGCCUGUUGGAUGGCGGCGCCCCCUACCGCGACCCCCUGGACAUCCCGCGUGAGCACGUGCACAACACCAGCACCCACCUGACCUUCAACAAGUUCUGGCGCCGCUACGGGAAAUUCUCCCGCCACCUCAUGAAGAUCAAGCUGAAGAAGUACACCAAGUUCCUCUUCGUGCGCGACCCCUUCGUCCGGCUCAUCUCCGCCUUCCGCAGCAAGUUCGAGCUGGAGAACGAGGAAUUCUACCGCAAGUUCGCGGUGCCCAUGCUGAGGCUGUAUGCCAACCACACCAGCCUGCCCGCCUCGGUCAGCGAGGCCUUCAGCGCCGGCCUCAAGGUGUCCUUCAGCAACUUCAUCCAGUACUUGCUGGACCCCCACACCGAGAAGCUGGCGCCCUUCAAUGAGCACUGGCGGCAGGUGUACCGCCUCUGCCACCCAUGCCAGAUAGACUACGACUUCGUGGGGAAGCUGGAGACCCUGGACGAGGACGCCGCCCAGCUCCUGAGGCUCCUCAAGGUGGACACACAGUUCCACUUCCCCCCGAGUUACCGGAACAGGACUGCUAGCAGCUGGGAGGAGGACUGGUUUGCCAAGAUCCCCCUGGCCUGGAGGCAGCAGCUGUACAGACUCUACGAAGCAGACUUCGUUCUCUUCGGCUACCCCAAGCCCGAAAACCUGCUCAGGGACUGAGCCCCGGCACCAACGUGCUUUCAUGUUGUUCCCUUAAACCGAACAAGGGUCUGCCACAGGGGCGUCUGCCGAGGACAGGCUUUCCCUGGCUUUCCUCCCCAUUUGAUGCAGUAGGAAAUGCCACGUGCUCCCCUGGGAGACCGCUGAGGAAUCUGGACCUGAGCGCGCACACUCCAGUUUUUUAAAUAACCCAUGGUUUUGCAAUCUGGACCCAUUGUUUACUCCACAGCCUGUAUUCCUUGAGUACUGUGUUAAUACUGUUUUCUAAGAUUAAUAUAUUUCAGAUAUUUAAUAUGAAAGUGGGAGGAAAGCUGGAGUAAAGUGUGGCAUCUGCGCUCUCGCCGCUCUUGUGGUUUUUCUGAUCGGGCAAUACCUGCAUUCAAGGAGGGGCCUGGUGGUUAAGGGGGACUCCAGACUGCAAUGGAGGAGGGAGGCAUCAUAGGCGUCUUCAGUGAAGAGAAGGAGCCUAAACUUGAAGUUGGGCUGUUCAAUUCAGUUUUUUGUUAUUAUAACAAAAUCCCCAUGGCUGGGUAAUUUCAUAAUUAAAAGAGGUUUCUUGUGUCAUAGUUUGUAGGUUCCAGGGCCUGGUGCUGGUAUCAGCUAGACUCUGGUGAGGAUCUCAGGGCAGAUGGCAGUGUUGGGAGUGUAUGUGAGAAGGAGAGAUCCUAUCAGCAGACAGGAGGCCAGAACCCAACUGGAUCGCAGCCUUGUCAGAGGGCUCACCCCUAAGGACCUCCCCUAGAUCCACCCAUGGAAGACCAAACCUAACACAUGGACCCUAGUUGACACACACACUCCCAAAAUGUAGCACAGGUCUUGCCUGUAUUUUUAAAAGGGCAGCAAACAAUACUUAGUGAUGUGUUUGAGCAGCCAUAUCUUUCGGGCUUUCUGUUUGAGAUCAGGUCGUAGGUAAACCGUCUUCAGGUCAGAGUCGCAGAGGAAACCACUUCUCACCCGCAGCCCUCCCUUUAACCUGAGUUCAGUCAUGGCUGUUAGGAUUUGCAGCCAGCAGGGAUGGUGUGCACGGGAGGUUGUCACAGGAACACGUUUCCCGUGGCAUCCAGCAUCACCGAGGAGAGCUUAGGGGCUGCUGUCUUGUAGCCUGGGAGCUUUAGCUCCAGUGCCACCCUCAAGGACAUGCCUGACCUUGAACGUGCAGGUCUGAGGGAGCCGGCUGGGUGAAGCCCAAGAGCUCCCGAGGAGGCCUGUCCAGCACCCGGCUCACGCUCCUGCGCAGUUUUAGCGUAAUCUGCAGUGGAAGUGUCUGGGUUUUGUGCAGCAGCAGCAUGUUGGUCUUUUCCUCUCAUUGGUGGAUUGGUCAUUGCUGCCCAGUCCCUGGGGAACCAGCACUGCUCAGUGGGGCACCACCAGCACCUACCUGGGCCCAGAGGGACAGAGACCUCUGAGAUGGUGGCUGCUGGGUGCCCUUGACUCUCUCCGCAGUGUUAGAAAACACCCAGCUUACUUCAGAAGCAUCCUCUCUUUUUAAACAGUUGGCAGCUGAUACGGUGAGUCCAGUGCUAGGUAACUUCUGAAGAGCCCCACGUUGGCACCUGCCUGGUGCCCCACUCACCGCAUAGUUGUCUCUGGUGCUUGGUAAGCUGGGUACCUUGCUGAUGGAUGAGUUGGCCAGUGGCUACGCCUUUGAGCUCUGUGGUCUCCAUUAAUGAGGCGGGAAUCUUCUGCUGCCAGACCAGGGACAGUGCACAGAGGAGCACAAGGCUUCCUGCAGAAGGUGCACUUGGGCCAGGCCCACGGUAGGGUGAGGUUCUGACGCUCACAGUAGAGUGCAGAGCGUCAGGAAACGUUGGAAAAACAGCAGAGGAUGGCACAGCCUUUAUGGUUGAGAGUGCACUGUACAUUGCCUUGUCUCUGCCCUGAUACCCGCAUAUCCUUGGCAUCAUUCUCUAGUGAGCAAACAGUGGAGCCAGGCAUGGUGGUGCACGCCUGUAACCCCAGUGACUGGGAAGGCUGAGGCAGGAGGAUCACAAGUUUAAGGCCAGCCUCAGCAACUUAGUGAGAACCUGUCUCAAAAUAAAAAAUGAAAAGGCCUGGGAUGUGGAUCAGAGGUAAAGAGCUCCCAGGUUUAAUCCUUAGUGCCCCCCGCAAAAAAAAGAAAAAGAAAAAGAAAGAAAGAAAUGGGUGAAGCCAGGAUGUGGGUCCAGGUUUACCCCAGGGCCUGUCACAUGCCCACCACCCUGCAGGUGCUCUAGGGUGGAGGUGGUCCAGUGUGGAGUCUGCUCCUUGACCGUCAGGCAGGAGCUGAGGUUUCACGGGCAGACGCCUGCUGCUAUUGAUGUGUUGAACAGAGGAAUCUGGGUGCUUUGGGGAGGCCAGUCCUGUGGAAGGAGUGGGAGGCCUGAGGGGCAGGGAGGUAGAUCAAGAGGCCACUGCAGCUGCCCAAAAAGAGGGGUCGUGCCCGAGCAUGGCCAUUGACUGACGGGCAGAGAAGAGGUCUGAGGUGCGGCCUGAGGUCACCAGCUUGCAAACCCUGUAGAUGGGAGCAGGGGGCGCCUGCCAGGAGGGGCCAGAGCAUCCAGUGAUACCUCGUCCACUGUAUCCCAGGCUCUGGGGUGCAAGUUGGUCAGUGGGUGCGUAGGAGGACCCCUCAGACCAGCCACUGCACCCUCCCAUGUGGGAGAGGCAGCAGCAAGUAGCCUGGAGGGUGUGGCAGGGACUAUCUGACCUGUCAACUGUUUUCUUCCAAUUUUUUUUCCACUGGAUAAAAUUCACACCACAUGACUCCAUUAUUUUGUCUUUUUAAGCACAUUCACUUUCUUCCGCCCUCUCCGCCUUCCAUCCACAGACUCAUUCCCAGACAAGCUCCAUCCCCCUACGAUGCUGCCUCUCGGGCCCCCAACCCCUAGGCCCCAGCUCCCACCAUUCUACUUCCUGUCUAGGAUUUGACAAUUCUAGGAACUUCUACAGGGUUUGUCCUUUUGUGACUAACUUAUUUCACUUCCUCAAGGUUCAUCUGUGUUGUAGCACGCGUCAGAAUGUCUUUCCUUUUUGAAGCCAAAUAAUGUUCUAUUGUGUGAUGGCCCACAUUUAUUUUUAUUUUUUACGGUACCGGGGAUUGAAUUCAGGGCCUCAUACAUGCCAGGUGGGUGCUGUACCACUGAGCUACAUCCCAGACUUCUUUAUUUUUAUUUUGAUACAGGGUCUUCUAAGUUACCCAGGCUGGCCUUGAACUUGGGAUCCUCCUGCCUUGGCCUCCUGAAUAGCUGGGAUUAUCGGUGUGUAUUACUGGGCCCAGAUAUGGACCACAUUUUGUUCAUCCAUUUAUCUGUUGGAUCCUGGGUUACAUUUAUCUUUUGGGAAUAAUGCAGCUAUGGAACAGGGGGGUACAAAUAUCUCUCUGAGUCCCUCCCUGCUUUUGAUUCUUCUGGGUCUAUAAUUCAAGGUGGAAUUGCCAGGUCAUAACUGAUCUGCUAACUUUUUAUAAACUGAGUCAUUGUGGGAAACACAAAGAAUGUGUUCAAUUGGACUUACUGGUAUGUUUGUAUUGCAAAUUAUAUGUCAUGGUUUUAGGGUGAGUCAAGAAUAUUUCUGGAGAAAAACAAGAUUGUAUUUGUGCUAGUUUCAAAUUUCCUUUACUGUUUAUUCAAUAUAUUGUGAAUUUAUCCAGGGUCUAAAAAUUUGAGUAACCAACAUUAUGAAAAUGGAUCCCAAUGUUAAAGUAUAUCAUGAGGAUUCUGCAUCUGGAGGGUCCCUGGUCCCUGUCUGUGUCCAAGUCUUCUCACUGAAAAGGUUCAUGUAGAGGAUGUUUAGACAGAUGUCAGAAUGCCCGGGCUGUUUGGUCAUUGAGGAAGGACCCAUCCGUCCUUCAUCUCUGCCUUCUGGGUUCUCGGUGUGGUUUUACCACAGGUCAGUGUUCUGAGCGCCUGGGAUGUUUGUGGGAAUGUCAAAGGGGUGCUGGAACACACACCAGCCCUGUCCACACACACACAUCCAGGUUCGGCACCACCGUCGGGGCCUCCACCUGGGCCAGGGCCGGCUCAGGAUCUGAUGGCAGAGAAGGUGCCCCCGGGCCACGGGAGACAGGCUCGGGAAGAGUGGGGCCCCUUCUGGCCCCGGUGUGGGGCCUCUGAGUUCACAGAGGGCAGAACUCAUUUCCCCUGAUUGUCUGCCUUUCCUCUGACCCACA